AUGAAGACAGAGGUAAUGGUCAAGGAAGAGGAAGAAACCGAGGAGAUGACGUCAAAGGGGAGGAAAAAGAGGAGGAAAGAAACGAGAAGGCUUGAAGAGGCGCUGCGCUAUGAAACACCAUCGGAAACAUACGAAAUGAAGGUAGAGGUUGUCGAAGAAGAAGAACAGAAUGUAGAAGAUGAUGAGGAAAUGCGGAGACAAAGGAAAAGAGAACGGAAGCUAAAAAGGCGGCAGGAAAGAGCGCAGCAAGCAACUGAGACAUGGAUCGUCGCUGAAGAUUUAGAUGUUGAGGUAAGAAGAAAGAAAAAGAAGAAGAGUAAGAAAAGCAGGCAAGAAUCAGAUGAAUGA